ACAUUGAAACCCUAGUUUUUAUUUUUAUUACCUUAUAUACGAUGAAUCUAAUUGUUAUUUAGUUUCAUUACCACAUUGAUUUCUACAAUGGAAUUGAAUUUCUAAUCUGUUCGAGUAAAAUUUCUUCUCCCCUCGGUGUACAAAAAAGUUUGAUUUACUGUACUUUCCCUAACGAAAGAGCAGAUAGGCGAGUGUUUUGGAAGUAACCACGUGGCACCAUCUCGAUCAACAAUUCUCAUCGCCAAGAUUUAUCUUUUUGUUAAAAUUUAUCCCAACUUCUUUCUCACAUCGCACAUACGAGUUGUUAUUAUUUUUCUUGCUACCUCUUUCAAUUCUUCGAAAUGACAGAGCUGUUAAACCACUCGUUUACUCACUUCACCUUGAAUUCAAUCAAACCAAAGUUCAAUAGAGGAUUUCAAACUCGAAAAUCAAUCUCAAGAACAGUCCAUUGUGUGUUAACAGAAGAUACGAAAGUGUCUGUGGUUAAGAAUGGGAAAGAUUCUUUAGAAAUUUGCCGUGUAGUUAAUGGAAUGUGGCAAACUAGUGGUGGAUGGGGCAAAAUUGACAGGGACAAUGCCAUUGAUGCCAUGCUCAAGUAUGCUGAUGCUGGUUUUUCCACCUUUGAUAUGGCUGAUAUAUAUGGGCCUGCAGAAGAUCUUUAUGGCAUAUUCAUUAAUCGUGUUCGCAGAGAACGUCCACCUGAGUUUUUAGAAAAUGUCAAAGGUUUAACCAAGUGGGUCCCACCCCCAGUUAAAAUGACAAGCAGUUAUGUCCGGAAAAACAUUGAUAUCUCACGAAAAAGAAUGGAUGUUGCUUCCUUGGACAUGCUUCAGUUUCAUUGGUGGGAUUACUCUAAUAAUGGCUAUCUUGAUGCCCUUAAACACCUUACAGAUUUGAAAGACGAAGGUAAGAUCAAGACUGUAGCUUUGACUAACUUUGAUACAGAGAGGUUACAAAUUAUUCUGGAAAACGGGAUUCCAAUUGUUAGCAAUCAGGUUCAACAUUCACUUGUGGACAUGCGACCUCAACAAAAAAUGGCAGAACUCUGCCAGCUCACCGGAGUAAAACUCAUAACAUAUGGAACAGUGAUGGGAGGAUUAUUAUCUGAGAAGUUUCUAGAUACCAAUUUGUCAAUUCCAUUUGCUGGACCUCCCCUCAACACUCCUUCCCUUCAAAAGUACAAAAGGAUGGUUGAUGCAUGGGGUGGAUGGAGUCUGUUUCAAGCUCUGCUCAAGACACUAAAUCAGGUGGCAUUGAAACAUGGAGUCACAAUUCCAACUGUUGCUGUGAAGUUUGUAUUAGAUCAGCCGAGUGUAGCAGGGUCAAUGGUUGGUGUUAGACUUGGGUUAUCUGAACAUAUUAAGGACUGUAGUGCUGUGUUUUCACUUAAACUUGAUGAAGAAGAUGUCAGCAGCAUCAGGGAAGUGAUAAGCAAGGGAAAAGAUUUAAUGAGAGUGAUUGGUGACUGUGGAGAUGAAUAUAGACGUGCGUAAAUGAAGCACAAGGAACAUAUAGUAUUUGUUGUAUUAUGCAAAUGAACAAUUAUAGACACACGGAGAUAAGAAAUUUGUUUUUGGAGAAGUUUCUUUUCAAGCUAUAUGUUUUAAUAUGGACUGUGGAAAAUUCUAACUUUGUGAUUACAAUCCUCAAUUUUAUA